UUUCUUCACACAAAAGAAGAAAAAAAGGUACUAAAAAAUUUCACGAUUCAUUCUUCACACACUUCAAAAUUCAUGAUUUAUAUAUAUAUAUAUAUAUCCUAGUUACAAGACUUCUUUUGUAUCGUUUUGAAUUAAUGAGGUAUAAUAAUACGAAAUUUGAAAAAUGAAACAAAUUAAUAUUUACAGUUCACCGAUGAAGGACAAUUUUCAGUUAGAAACGAUCUAUUAAUUCGUAAUAACGUUUUAGAACAGUAACUAAUAUAUCACAGAGAACAUUAUUGAGAAACAAAUCAUUCGAUUUUUCUUCUUGAUUUUUAAUAAUAUUUUGAUUAUUUUAACAAAUAAAAAAUAUAUAUUUUUAAUCAAUAUUAUUUCAGACUCAUUAAGGAGGAGAUAUACAUAUAACACAAACAAAGAAACAAAAUGGAAGAUAAAAACGUAAAUUUAAACAAUUAUCCGGAUUGUACAGUUCGUUCAACAACAUCGAUUAGAUCUAAAAAAAUAUAUGAAUCUUUGAACAAUAAAACAAAUACAACUUGUUGUUUGAUCAACAACAAAUCAAUUUGUAAUAAUGAAUAUCAAAAAAAGGUAAAGGAAUAUUUUAACGAUGAUUUAGAUAACAUUAAAUAUUCUCGUGAAGAUGUUGUAAAUGUUGCUGAAGAAAGAAAUAUUCAUCAUAUCGAUUUCAAUUCUGUUCAAAAUACUAAUACUACGAAUUUGUUUGAAAAACACGUUCCUUUGAGGAUUUUAAUAAAACAGAUGAUUGAUGAAAUAUUUGGAAAAUCUUCAAUCAACGAUAAAGAAGAAGAAAACGUUGAAGAAAUUGAUUUGCAUAAUACAAGUGAUAAAAUUAAUCAUUCUGAACAAUCGUUGAAAUUAAUAAUAAAAAAUGAAGAUAACAUAGAUUCGACAAUUGAUACAAAUGAUAAUACUGCAACUUCUGAUGAAACUUUUUCAAAUCCAACAAAGUGCAAUGAUAAAUUAAUUUCCAUAGCUGAAGAAACGGAAAAUUAUUCUUCGUCUAAUUGCAAUAUUGUUGAAAAUACGGGAACAAAUUUAAGUAAAUUAUUAAAAUACGAUGAAGAAUUCAAUAAACGAUUAAAUAAUGAUAACAAUAAUGAUUCUUCAACAAUUAUCGCUAAAAUUCAUAAAAAUACAAUUAAUCCUUCUGUUUUAUUUAAUAUAGACGAAAAUAAUGAUGAAGAACUCGAUGAUGAUUCUUUAAAGGAUUUCGUCAAAAUGGAAUCGUUAUUGAUAAAUCAAAAAACAAAUAUCGAUAAUAAAUGUGUAGAUCUUGAAAUUGUGAAUGAUUCUAUGAAUAAUUUAAGUUUCGAUAGAAAAGAGGAUCAAACUAUGAAUAUUUUUUAUAUUUCGAAUGAGAAAAAUAUCAUAGAAAACAAUGAUGAAUCGUUUCAUGAACAAUCAAACUUAUCAGAAAGGGAGAAGGAAAUAAAGGAAAUCACUACGUUUAAUGAUAAUUCGAUUAGUAACAUUGAUUCGUCUACGAAGAAAAAGAAGAAAUUCAUCAAUGAAGUAACAAUUAAUUUGCAAACACCUUGCAAAAGACGUACAUGUACCACGUUUUAUCAAAUUUCAUUGCUCAAACGUACACCAAAAUUAUCUAAGAAUACAAGAAUUGUUACUCCUCGCAAAAAUUCGACAGAAUUAACACAUAAAUCGAUUAAACAUGCGAAUAUUUCUUCAACGAAUCUUACAAACGUAUCGAAAAAGAAAACAACAACAUCGAAAAUCUCGAAGCCUCAACAAGAAAUUCGAGCGAAGCUAUUUAAAUCGCGUGACAUAAAUAAAAAGCAACAGAUGUUGAUACCACAAUUUAUAUUCACACCUGCCACUCCUGAGUAAGGAUUAGUCAAAAAAAA